AUGAGGCCACGUUCCAGUAUUAAAGACAAGAUUGGCUAUAGUAUGAUUACUGAUGCAGAGGAGAAGGGGCUCACUAUUCCUGGCAAGAGUGUCCUCAUUGAGGUAACAAGAGGUAACACGAGAAUCGGAUUGGCCUUCCUAGCAGCAGUAAAAGGCUACAAGCUUAUCACUACAAUGCCUACUACAAUGUGUCUUGAAAGAAGAACCAUUCUUCUAUAUUUUUGGGCUGAGUUGGUUCUGACAGAUCCUGCAAAAGAGAAUGAAAGGGGCAGUUCAGAAAGCAGAAGAGAUGUUGGCCAAGACUCCAAAUACAUAUAUCUUUCAACAAUUUGA